AAUCGUCGCUACAGCUCAUUCUCUACGUUAAUGCUGUAGGACUCGGGCUGGGGUGGCGGCGCUCUCGUCCCGCCGGCAGGGGGAGGGAGAGGAGGAGGAGGAGGAGGAGGAGGAGGGGAGCGGCCCUCGCGUGCCCCCACCCGCUGCGCCGCGCUCUGCCAUCCGCCCCGGCCCUUCCUCCCUCCUUCUCUCCCUCCCUCCUUCUCUCCUUCCCCUCCCGCCGCCGGAAUGUGGACGGCGCUCUGCCGGCCCUGAGGCGGCUGCGCGGUGGCCGCUCUCUACUCUCUCGGCCUUCCCCGCCCGCCGCCCCGCGUCCGGAGGCGGGCCGGGCCGGGCCGGGCCGGAGUCGCCCCGGAGGACGGCUGGGCUGGGCAGCGUAGGUGCCUGUGGCAGAAAACUGCUGACCUGAUAUGGAAGUCAGAACAUCUUAUAGCGAAGCCAGUAGAAUUCCUGAAACCGUAUCCACAUUAAUUAAUGAAGAAUUUGUCGUGGUUCACCAGCAAACUGAAGACUUGUCUGGGAAAGAUGCAAAACCUCAGCUAAAGGUGUUUUCAAAUGGAGAUGAUCAUCUGGAGAAGGCAAUGGAGGAGAUACUGAGGGAUUCAGAAAAAGAUCAGAACGAUUCCACUGCUGUCCUCGUAGGUUCCGGUGAUUCAUGCUGCCAGGCAGCUGGACUUGGCUCAGCAGGUCAAACAAGUCAUCCGUCUUUGCAACUUGUUUUAGACCCUUCUACUACAGUAUCUGCACGAAGGUCAUCUUCUCCCAGUGAACCCUUGGAAGAGGAUAGCGUGUUGUUUAACAAACUGACUUACAUGGGUUGCAUGAAGGUGUCUGCCCCUCGGAAUGAGCCAGAAGCUCUACGUGCCAUGGCAAACUUGAAAUCCUCAAGUCAGGCCCCUCUCUCUGUAACACUCUAUGUUCCAAAUGUUCCAGAGGGCUCUGUGAGAAUAAUAGAUCAAUCAAGCAAUGUGGAAAUAGCCUCUUUUCCAAUCUAUAAGGUGUUGUUCUGUGUGCGUGGACAGAACGGGACUGCAGAAAGUGACUGUUUUGCAUUUACUGAAAGCAGUUGUGGUACGGAAGAGUUCCAGAUUCAUGUUUUCUCCUGUGAAAUUAAAGAGGCAGUCAGCCGAAUUUUAUAUAGCUUCUCCACAGCAUUCAAACGUUCCUCCAAACAAGUAUCUGAUCACGUUAAGGACUUCGUUCUUCCUACUCCAGACAGCGAUGUGUACACUUUCAGUGUAUCCUUAGAAGUCAAAGAAGAUGAUGGAAAAGGAAAUUUCAGCCCUGUGCCAAAGGACAGAGACAAAUUGUAUUUCAAACUUAAGCAGGGAAUUGAGAAGAAAGUGGUGAUUACAGUUCAGCAGCUCUCGAACAAAGAACUGGCCAUUGAAAGAUGCUUUGGGAUGCUGCUGAGUCCUGGAAGAAACGUGAAGAACAGUGACAUGCAUUUACUAGACAUGGAAUCCAUGGGAAAAAGCUCUGAUGGGAAGGCUUAUGUAAUUACUGGAAUAUGGAAUCCUAAUGCGCCUAUGUUUCUAGUACUUAAUGAGGAAACACCUAAAGAUAAGCGUGUGUACAUGACUGUGGCAGUGGAUAUGGUUGUUACUGAGGUAGUAGAACCUGUGAGGUUUUUGCUGGAGACUGUAGUGCGUGUGUAUCCUGCCAACGAACGCUUCUGGUACUUCAGCAGGAAAACCUUCACGGAAACUUUCUACAUGAAGCUGAAACGGUCUGAAGGAAAAAGCCGCACCAAUGCUGGGGAUCCCAUCUAUGAAGUUGCCAGUCUACGAAGAGAGUCUACAAGAGAAGAGCAACUGCUCAGCCCGACAAGUGGAGGGGGGCCUGUAUCAUCGCAGGAAGAUGAGGCAGAAGAAGAGAGUGAUAAUGAACUCUCCAGUGGCACUGGUGAUGUGUCAAAGGAUUGUCCUGAGAAGAUUUUGUAUUCCUGGGGAGAAUUACUAGGGAGAUGGCACAAUAACCUUGUGGUGAGACCCAAUGGACUGGCCACGCUGGUGAAGAGAGGAGUUCCUGAGGCACUGAGAGCAGAGGUUUGGCAGCUGCUGGCGGGAUGUCAUGACAACGAGGCAAUGCUGGAUAAAUACAGAAUUCUCAUCACAAUGGAUUCUGCUCAGGAGAAUGUCAUUACACGAGAUAUUCAUCGUACAUUCCCAGCACACGAUUAUUUCAAAGAUACAGAAGGAGACGGUCAGGAAUCUCUGUACAAAAUCUGCAAGGCAUAUUCUGUCUACGAUGAAGAUAUUGGCUAUUGCCAGGGACAGUCCUUCCUUGCAGCUGUGCUACUGCUUCAUAUGCCGGAGGAGCAGGCGUUCUGUGUGUUCGUGAAGAUCAUGUAUGACUACGGCUUGAGGGACCUCUACAGAAAUAACUUUGAAGAUCUCCAUUGCAAAUUUUUCCAGCUGGAGAAGCUAAUGCAGGAGCAGUUGCCUGAUUUGCACAGCCAUUUCUCAGACCUCAACUUGGAAGCUCACAUGUACGCAUCCCAGUGGUUCCUCACUCUUUUUACUGCCAAAUUUCCACUCUGCAUGGUCUUCCACAUCAUUGAUUUACUACUUUGUGAGGGUAUGAACGUAAUCUUUCACGUAGCCCUGGCUCUCUUGAAGACCUCCAAAGAGGACCUUCUACAAGCAGAUUUCGAAGGAGCUUUAAAAUUCUUCAGGGUUCAGUUGCCCAAGAGGUACAGAGCUGAGGAGAACGCCAGGAGGCUGAUGGAACAAGCCUGCAACAUCAAGGUGCCAACAAAGAAACUGAAGAAAUAUGAGAGAGAGUACCAAACAAUGCGAGAGAGUCAGCUGCAGCAGGAGGAUCCUAUGGACAGAUACAAGAGGGAAAACCGCAGGCUCCAAGAAGCUAGCAUGAGGCUGGAGCAGGAGAACGAUGACCUUGCCCAUGAGCUUGUAACAAGCAAAAUCGCCUUACGGAAUGACCUGGACCAGGCUGAAGACAAAGCAGAUGUUCUGAACAAAGAGCUUCUCCUGACCAAACAGAGACUAGUGGAGACUGAGGAAGAGAAACGGAAGCAGGAAGAGGAAACUGCUCAGCUGAAGGAAGUCUUCAGGAAGCAAUUGGAGAAGGCAGAAUCUGAGAUUAAGAAAACCACAGCUAUUAUUGCAGACUAUAAACAGAUUUGUUCCCAGCUGAGUACCAGGCUGGAAAAACAACAGACAGCCAGUAAAGAUGAACUGGAAGUUGUAAAGGGUAAAGUGAUGGCUUGCAAACACUGCAGUGAGAUUUUCAGUAAGGAGGGGACGCUGAAGCUGCCUGCUCUAAGCCUGGAUAAUAAAGGCUUAGAAAUAGAUGAUGAGAAGGAUGCACUGAAGAAGCAGCUGAGGGAGAUGGAGCUGGAACUUGCACAGACCAAACUGCAGCUUGUGGAAGCCAAGUGCAAAAUUCAGGAGCUGGAGCACCAGAGGGGAGCCCUUAUGAAUGAAAUCCAAGCUGCCAAAAACUCUUGGUUUAGCAAAACUCUGAACUCUAUCAAAACUGCCACAGGCACACAGCCACUGCAGCAGCCUCAGCCGUCCCUGCCACCCAAGGAGGGCAGCACAUAGUUCCAGCCAGACCUAACACAAGAGCACAAAGAACAACACAGCUGAAACCCUGGGGGAGUCUUCCAGUGGUCUCUCCUCUCGGGUAAAGGACAAAAGGCAGCAGUGCAGGCUUGAAGUGAAAUUCUUCAGUGUUUUUUCAUUCGUUCUGAUGUGACCCUUUUCAAGGAGGGUAAAAAAAUAUUGUUUUACGUUGAAUUCCUACUUCCCAAACUGCCUUGCUGAAAGCCACGUUCUGAUACCUUCAUACUUUUACACUUUAUUUUAUAUGACUAGAUGUUAAAAUGAAUAAAUAAUUCAAAACUAGCUCUUUAAUACAUGACUAAUGAUUCAGAAUUAUUUUUUAUCUUGCAUAGAAGGUUUUUUUUUUUUCUUCUGGAAGGGGAGGAGAGAGAAUGUCAAAUGUAAAGUACUGCAGCAUCAUCUCUGCCCAGAAAGCACAGUGUAACAACAAGUACUAGUGUGUGUGUGAGUGUCUAGGAUAACUUCUGCCCUGGGACCAUCAGAAGUUGAUGGCAGUGACUGUGUCCUGCAGAGAAGCACUUACUGUAAAGCUUAGGCAGAAGGUAGCUUUGUGCUCUCAUGGCACAGUUGUUCAUGAGCUUCCCCCAAGUAUUUCAUCGUUGUUUGGGUUGUUUCUUCUUCAGAAAUGCAAGUUGUGCAGUUCUUCGUAGCGCUGAGUAGCGCUGUGGUUUAAAGGUUAUUUAAAGGUUAUUUACAGCUGAACUGGAACUUAGCAAAGUUACCUGUUUCCCCUUUUUUAUUUCAAGAAGUCAUUCCUUCCACUGGGAGAAAGGGAAAACUGUUGGAAAUGUGAUUGUUAAGCAGAGGAAAGACCUUGCGUAGUUGUGACCCUGUGCAAUAAAGCAGAGCUUUUGUAAUAGAAUGAACAGAAACCUUUCCCCGGGUCUAAAUGCAGAUUUUGAAUUGGACGCAGAAAUGAGGUAUCAAAUACAAACCCCAAAAGGCUUUUUGCUGCAGCGAUGAAUAAAACAUCACAGAAGCAGGAUCUGCUCGCUAUAAAUAUUUGGGUUAAAAAAAAAACCUCUAUGUUGAUUGUACUUAUUUCAUAAAAACAAACAUUUUCAAGUGAAAUCCAGAACUUAAGACUUUUCCCGUGGGAUAGACUUCUCUGAUGAUCCCCAAACCUGUCUGGUUGUUUUCUGUGUCCAAGGUAAGAAAACUCAAAAGCGCUUGUUUUGACUGAACAUGAAGUGUUUAUAGAAAGACUUAUUUGAUGGAAGAUUGAACUAUUGCUUGAACUGAUGGACUAUUUUUUUAAUUAUACCUCUCGUGUCUAUCAAAUGGUCUUGCAGGUAAAUAUCGCCGCCGAACAAAAGGUUGUGUAGUAAUUGUUCCAUUUACAGCACUGUUCCAGGUAUAGCAGUUUUGGUUUGACUUGGUUGGCUGUUGUUUCUUUUUUAGUUUGAAGGAAUGCCAUAUCUUGUCAGUUUUGUAUAAUAAAAUUUAAUGAUACUCAUCCUGUGCUUUGUUGUCAAGCAGAAUUGUGAAUUACUUCAAACAGAGUAGUAUGAAUUUAAGGUUUAUCUGUGCCAAAGGAAUGAUUCAGAAGGAUAGUCACCUGUUUGAAGCAGGGAUCAAAAUAUAAUCAUUGUCCUGACACAGAGAUCCUGCAACAAAGUCCUCUCUUCUAAGAGUUGGGAGUUAAAGAACGUUCGUAUUUUUACAAACACCCGCAAGCGAUCAUCUGGAAACCUUAAUGUUGGGGUUGGGGGGGAAUAAAGAGGUAAAAAGCAGAAGGGAUCUCUUUUGCAGGGAUCUCUUAGGAGAAGGGAUCUCUUAGGAGAAAAAUACAUUUUCUUGCUAAUAUUUACAUAGAUGUUUCCAUUGUGUGGACUAUCUUAACCUAGCAUUAUCCAUUCGCUUAUCAGUACCAUUUCACACUUGGUAUCAAUGGCAUAAAAGAAUUGGAAGUGACACUUGAGAAAAACCUGGUGAGCAUUUACUUGUUAUGUUUGAGAGAGCUGUGCUGAUGACUGAAGCUGAUGGUUUGACAAGUGUCCAGAUUUCUUAAAUAUAUCUUAAAAUGAGUACCUUCAGUCUGAAUUAAAGCCUUGAUUGGAAAAAUGCCAUCAUAAUAAAGAAAAUGGUGAAGACUGUAAUUCCCUGAGCAGCAGUGCUUACAUAACAUCUCACUGCUGCUCAGAGACCUUACCCCAACUCCCUGUUGUACAGCCAUGUCCCUGUCCUUGGUAUGGCACUUACUGCAGAUGAACUUUAUGAACUCGUGUGUGUGUGUGUGAAUAUUUUCCUGCCUUUUGGUCCUUUGAUAAAUCACUCCAUGAAAUCGUGUCGGUGGGUCCAAUAAGAGUGAGUGGAUGAGGGGGAGAUGGGAGAGGUGCUCUCAGUGUUUAUUUAGGGAUUUCAGUAAACUUCUGUGUUUCGUGAAAUUAGGUUUGACAGAACAUCAUCUUCCUCAGAUUUCAGCUCUCUGACUCUGGAAGUUGAGUUUCUGUGACAAAAUCCUGCUAGCCAGGAUGAUUUCAUAGCACUGUCAGAUAGAAACUGGCUUAUACCUCUCAAAAGAAGCUUCAGAAGGCAGUGAAUGGCUGAACUAUCCACUUUUGGUAAUGAUGUAAAGGCACUUAAUGACUUUCACAUUCCAUCUGUACAUCCCAGUCAGUGUUUGUAGCAGUGGCAUUUGGAAGAGUAACAUUUUAUACGUGGAAACUGUUUUCUCAAAUGUACUGAAAGAAAAAUAGCUCUGUGGCAUUACCUUGAUGAAUGAGUAUAGUUAGAUUCAGAAACAAAGAAAGUAGCAAAACUGCGGAAUUAAACCAGGAAAGCUCAAACUCAGCCUGCAGACUGUACGUGUUACUGAGAUACUUUCUUGUGAGGAUAAAGAAAAUCUGGCUUUUAAUUAGUCUUUUUAGCAGUUGAUUAUAGACAUGCUCAUAUUCCAGAUCAACUGGUUUGUGAGGGGCAGCUGGCUCAACCUUGAGAUUUUCAGCAGGAAAUAUCAAACUUAUUUCAUGUGGCACCAGAGCAAAUCUCAUAAGACUGGAGUGAUUAAUUGGUGUUUUUUUUUCCUGAUUCAUUAUCCCCCCUGAAAUAGACUUUUCCAUCUGUGCUGCUGUGUGAAAAACAACACAGCAUAAAGGCAGCACUUUACAACAGGAGAGGGAGCUCAAACAUCAAGAACAGAAAUAAUUCAUCCCUUUGACAAAGCAUGAAGUGUCCCAUUGACUUCAGUGUCGCAGUGUCACUCAGUGACUGAACAGGGCACUUGGAGUUAAAUGAAAAUCUAAGUUACUGGGAUUAAAACAUUAAAAAAGCAUGAGAAAGCGAUGCUUUCUUCAAAGGAAACAGAACCGUUCCCAUCUUUGUUUUAAGUAGUUGCAGUGAAAUCCAUGGAACUACUUGUAUGCAUGGGAGAGUUAUACCUCUUAUGUUGAUUUACUGUUAGACUCAGGGAUAACUGGCAUACUUCUCCAUGAUCUAGUAAGCCUAAAUACCUUUGGCAUUGAAACCAGAAACUCUCUUUUCUCACAAUGCUGGUUUUCUUUCAGCUGCUAUAGAGAAAACCUUGCUCUAUGUCAUUCUGGUUGACCUGCAUGCCACUGUUACAGCUAAACCCUGCAGAAAGGGCUGUUGCUCAAACAGCUGGCUGCAAGAGAUGUGCAAUGCCAUGUAUACCCAGUGCUGUGGGUACACACAGCACCAGGCCUCACUUUGUGCUUUCAAAUGCAAAGGAUUGGACUAAGAUCUAUUUAUUUCCAUCUAUUAACAUACCAUCCUACCGGGAGCUGUCCCGAUACCUCCUUCCAAGUAACAAUACUAAGGGGAGACACAAUGAAGCACUGAUUUUUGGACCUUUCCAAAUGGAUUAUGUAUACAUCACUGCAGCUUUUAAAACUGGGCUUAUCCAUAGGUGGAUUUAGGGAGAUACAAAGAAUUUGGAACUGGACGACUAAUUAUCAGCACUGAUCAAGAUCGUACCUUUCUCAACUCAGAAGUCUACACAGUUUGUUUCAGGAUCAUGACUUAAGACGUACAGGUUAAUCCUCCAGGAAUACAGGGCUCUCCACUUCUCCUGGAUUCCAACUGCUUUGCUACUGAAUGUAUUUCAUGCUAUUUUUACCUGAAAAUAAAAAAAUAAAAAAUAAUAAUUAAAAAAAUGGGUAUAGAAUUAGAACAUUACUUCCUCUUAUUUUCUUAUUCAGUGGGACUUGCUUUUAUUUAACCUGUAAAGGAAUAUAUAUGUAUCUUUGGAGAACUAUAUCUUAUAUAUAGAAUAAUAUAUAGGAAACUGAAUCCCAAGGAGAUAAAUACAGCGAAAGGAUCGAGUGUUGUAGGUUUCAUUUGUGAUUUGAUACCACCAGAAUCCUGGGCUGUGCUGAUUUCCUUCCAGUUUCUCUUAUUUUUGUAUUUUAUAUAAUACAUGGAUGCUAUUAUCAAUGCAAAUAUUAACAUAUGUUCUCAGCUUUUUCUCCAGAUCCCAUGUCCCUCCUUCCAAUAAUUCCUAAGGACACAGUGGUACCAAUACCACCUUGUAAAGCUGUACCAUGAGCUCUCCUGAGCUUUGGGAUGCUUGUGUGUGUGUAAGAGGAUUCUCUGGUGUGUUCACACGGGUUAGCAAUGCAGAGAAGGAUCUAAUCAAGUGUAAUUCUGAUCCAGAGCCCUCCGUGAGCACACUGAAAGUAGAGAGCACCCUCAAAGUGCUGAUUACCAAUGAGAUUAUCCUGUUAUAUCAGCUGCACUUGUUAUCUUGGUGUGUCCCUUGUUCAUAAAAUAGAGAGUUAGGAAGAAAGAGCAUCACAGUGCUGUGAGAACAGUUCCAUACUGCCAGUUCUUGUGUAACAAAUCCAUGUAUUAUGUAAAGUAUG